AUGAGCCUCGCCCAUCUCAGCCGCCCCUCGAUACUCUGCCAGUGCUCGCGCUGCUCCAGCUCCGUGGCAGCAUGCGAAAAUGAGUGGGCCAGAUUAUCAGACACAUAUUCGACGGUGACGGGAUGGUUGAGCAUCGACAUAAACCGGAUCAACAUCUCUUCUGAAAAGAAGCAAAUUCCUCAGUCAUCCGAGUUGGAGUUUGUCCGGGGUCGCGUGGUCCAGGAAAUUGUGUGCAGGCUAUGUCACCAGAAGCUCGGAGGCUUGGUGCAUCUUGAGACAGAAGCAAAAGUGUUCUGGAAACUAUCCAAAAUGUCCUUUAGAGAAAUCAUAUCGAUGCGCGAGUCGAAUCCUCUAUUCGUCGAAGGCUCCUUGUCCUGGCUCCUAGCACCCGUCGAACAAACUAUUGCCCCAAACGAGUCUGCAAGCAAUACGUCCCUUUCCGCAAGCCGUUCGGACGCUGUGCUCAGCCAGACGUUAUACAACCAAGGGGCUAGCCUCAAUCGGAUAUCUAAUACCGUUGAGGAAUUACAUGAUACCAUGUCCGAUCUCAAACAAUCAUUCCGGGCAUUACGACUUGAGCUCAAUACUACACCCUCAGCUCGGAACCCCGAAUAUCACGGAGACGAGGCCAUGGAGAUGCUCAGAACAGUGUUGAAGGAGCUACAACACAAAGCCGACGAAAUAGAGAAGUUGAAACUCGAGAAUGAGUCGUUAAAGUUAAAGGCCAAGUAUUGGCAGGKCCGCCCGACUGGUGGUGCUCCCACGACACCGCGGGUUCUUGAAGAUGCUGCCAUACUUGAAGUGCAGAGUCCCGGUUUCAUGCAUGAUAGUGGGAAAAGAGGCUUAAUAAGUGAGACUACUCAACUGCAGAUCACACAUUCAUUCGACGAAGAACAAGAGCAUACAGCAAUGGAUCAUACAGCAAGUAGUGAGGUAGUUCACUAUGAAACCGCUCCGGUAAAAGUGCCCUUGAAACCUGCCGCCGAAAUUUUGUCCGAACCACAACGACUCGCGCAACGCGAAGGUCUUGGGGUUACAACUGGAUCUCGACGUCGAAGAGAAUCCGGCGAACCAGCCGCGAAACGACCAAGGCUCGCCUUGACAGAAGACCCGGAAAAUCCAGAAAGCAACGUGGACGUCGAAUCGAAUCCGCCACCCAGGAAAAGAGGCAGACCUAGUGGGCGAAAGUCUUUGCAAGCAAUCUCGACAACUCCACACACACCGUCAGUGUCAAACCUGGCAGCCAGCACAAAUGCAGACGCAAGCACACAAAUACCCCCGACAGAAGACAGACCAGAAGACACCCCUGAUAGCAUCGAAAAUCCACAACCCCAGAGAAAAUCACGCAAAGGUCGAUCGCGAACCAUCACAUCACGCUCGACCUCACAACCAGCUUCACGACGAUCCUCACUAUCCCCGCGAUUAACCCGCGGCGGCACGAAACUGAAUGACGGGGAUGCCGCCGCCACUAAGCCACCCGAAAAACCGAAUCUUGAGAAUCGACUGCCGAGUCGGGCCGGUGGAUUCGAGAUUGCAGUGAAUGUAGCCGAAUUAACGCCUGAGAGUGUCGUGAAUGAGGAUGAACUGUUCGCGCGUAUACAACAGAAAGAGGAUGGAGCAGGAAAGAAAGCAAGCAAUGACAGCGAGCAGCGACAAGCCAAAGUCGCUGCUAGAGAGAUGAUUGUCAAAGCUGCCAUGGAGAGGGAGGAGGCUAUGGCUGAUGAAUAG